AGCUUAUUAAAGGCAAAGGGGAGCGGUUAAUUGACGUGAGCCCAAGGAUUGCGAGAGUUUAGGCAGUUCAUAAAUCGCAAGAAAAGCGUCCAUUAGAUGUGCUCUUGAAUCGCCUUACCAACGCGAUAAAGGAACCAAAACGCGAAGAAACUCAUGACCAAAGCUAGAGCGGUGGGGGAGGGGAUCUCAUGGAGCCUCGCUGGAAAGACUGCAACCCACUGGCAGGCAAAAGGAUUAUUGCAGUAUUCUGUGUUAAUGUAUUUUUGAACAUGCGAGGAGUAGCCCUUGAUUUUCUCUUCUUUCCCUUUCCCUUGGGAGCGAGGGGAAGAAAGUGUUGCCAAAGUCACUGCUUAGAUCCUGGAACCAGAGCACAUGCUGCAAAGUUCAUUCGCGUAAAUAGUCAACACGCAAGUAAAAGUGAACACGAUGGACUUCAAUCUUGAAUAUUUACUAUCUUCAGUGUUCAAUUUUAAUAGCUC